AUGGACCUGAUGGCGGCGCUGAUGGUUGGCGAGAGCAAAACGGCCGCCGGAACCGUUUGCUGCUCAUCCGGUGUGAACGGAACCGGUACUGAGGGGCAUUUUAACUGGAGUGCCGAGCUGGAGGCCGCGUUUUCCGGUACUGACUGGAGCGAAGGAUCCGCCACGAGCCUAUCCGUGCUGCCCGAGCCAAACGGAACCACGAAAAGCGUGCAAAUAAAGGACUUCUUCUCGAUGCUGCCCGUGUGGCGACUGGUCGUGUGGAACGUCCUGUUCGCGGGCAUCGUCAUUACGGCCACCGUCGGUAAUCUGAUCGUGGUGUGGAUCGUCCUGUCCCACAAGCGGAUGCGCACGGUGACGAACUACUUUCUCGUUAAUUUAUCGAUAGCGGACGCGAUGGUGUCCACGCUGAACGUCACCUUCAACUACACCUACAUGCUGUACCUGGACUGGCCGUUCGGCACCAUGUACUGCAAGGUAUCGCAGUUCGUGGCCAUUCUCAGCAUCUGCGCGUCCGUGUUCACGCUGAUGGCCAUCUCGAUAGACAGGUACGUGGCCAUCAUGAACCCACUGAAGCCCCGCAUGGGCAAGAAGGCCACCCUGUGCGUUGCGGCUGGCAUCUGGAUCGUCGGUACGAUCAUCUCCUGCCCGAUGUUGCUCUUCUUCACGACCUACUCCAUGGAUGGCCACAUCCUGUGCUACCCCGAAUGGCCCGACGGUCCGUCGAAUCACUCGCGGCAGGAGUACGUGUACAACAUCGUGUUCAUGUUCCUAACCUACUUCCUGCCGAUCGGUUCGAUGACGUACACGUACGCCCGGGUCGGCCGGGAGCUGUGGGGCUCGAAAAGCAUCGGCGAGUGCACCCAGCGGCAGCUGGACAACAUCAAAAGCAAGCGCCGGGUCGUUAAGAUGAUGAUUAUUGUGGUGAUAAUCUUCGCCGUGUGCUGGCUGCCGUUCCAAAUCUACUUCAUUCUCACGUCGUACUACCCGGAGCUGACGAAGAAACCCUACAUCCAGGACGUGUACCUCGCCAUCUACUGGCUCGCGAUGAGCAACUCGAUGUACAAUCCCAUCAUCUACUGCUGGAUGAACUCACGGUUCCGGCGUGGAUUCCAGCAAUUCUUUCGCUGCUGCCCGUUCGUGCGCGUCAUGCCAGACAGCGCCAGUAGCCACCGGCGCACUGGAACGUCCCGAUAUUCCUGCUCAGGUUCGCCGGAUCACCUACGAAUAGUCCGAAACGACACUGAGCGAUCCUUCCUGUACAAUGGCUCCCAGUCACCGACGGGGCAUCGGAAAUGGCAAGGACCGAUGCGGCGCGUGAACACACUGGCGACUGCCGGUCAACUAAACCAGCAAACCACCAGUCUGUCCUGCACGGUACCCGAUGCGGUGCACCCACGGGUGACCAAGGACUAG